UCGGCGAGAACUGCCGCGGCAUUUUUUUUCGUGGGUACCGUGAAGCGUGAGAUCUAUAAUUAACAACGCAUCAGUCUACCCGUAGAACCUUAAUUCUAUUCUUAAACCGUUCCGCCGAAGAAAAGAUAAGCCGGGGUUGCCGAGGGCCUGUGUUUUAUUUAUACAACAUUCUCUGUCUGGCUAUAUUUAUAUAUGUACCGAGAAAGCAACGACUUUAAAACAGUGUGCAAAAUAAGUAAGAUCCGUUCACGAAAUUUCCGAGUUCACGAGCGAGGGGAAUCGGAGUCGACGGAAAGCCACUUUUUCCAGCGUUUCGACAGUCGGAAAUAAUUAAUUAAAUGGCAAAAGCGAUUAUUGUAUGCCUGGAACGACUGCGAGUGUGCUGAUUUUUCGCAGUGAUCCCAGCUUCACGCCGAUCUUUGUAGCCUCCGGGUUUUUUGCUCCGGAUAUCUGUACAACGUCCGAAUUAUCGGGACGGAAAUCAUUUUAGUUCGCAAAACAUUAUUUUACAACGUAAACGUUAACCUAACCUAAAUCAACGGUCGCGCGUGGAGCGAAACGAAAUGUACGUUUGAAUAGGCGGCCGGCGUUACGUUUUAUAAACUCCGUCCCCGCAAGAAAAAGUCGGCGGAUUCGACAUACUAUUUCGAACCGAUACAGACACCGAUUGUACAGUAGAAGGAACAAAGGUAUUCGCACAUUUUUCGUGUUCAUCGGUGUUCAAGGACUUUCUCGAGGCGGACGGUUCUAGAAAGGAAUACGCGUAUGAAAAAGCAAAUAAGCAAUUUAGAGCACGAACGAGUCAAGAAACACCUCGAUUUGUUGUUCCCCGGACAAAAUUCCGUUAAUGUUAGUAACGAAACGAUCACCGGAAACGGUCUGGAAUUUCCGGCGUUGCCCGUUGAAUCUGUCGUUCCGAUUGGAGAGAUGGAUCGCGUCCGAGCAGAAAGAACGAAUAGCGUCGUGUUAAUAGAGGCUUAGAGGGAAUCGGAAACUGUUGCUGACUCUCUUUCUUUCGGUCGUAAGCCGGCACCGGUUCACCAUAAGAACCGACUGUGACGCGUGCCAACAGCUCCGAAAUUAUUCUGGUGGCCAGUAUACCGUUGCUUUUUACUGAUCUCGACCGUUCGACCAGUCCGCUUGCUAUUUCCCGACGUGGUUUUAACGCGGUAAGUCCAGAAAUCGAAACACGAUGGCGGCGGUUGACUGUUACCAGAAUCAAGCCCAGGCCGAAGGGACUGGGCAACAAUCGCAAACGCAACAGCAGCAGUCCCAGCAACAGCAGCAGUCCCAGCAACAGUCGCAGUCUCAGCAGCCCCAACAGCAGCAACAGGCUACCGCCGGGAUCCCGGGCAAGGACGACGAACGUAAACUCUUCGUCGGCGGCUUGUCGCGUAUCACCACCGACAAGGAGUUGCGGGAUCAUUUUGGCAAGUUCGGCGAGAUCGAGAGCAUCUCCGUGAAAAUCGAUCCCUACACCGGCAUAUCACGAGGUUUCGCGUUCAUGGUAUUCACCAACCCCAAGACGAUCGACAAACUCUUGGCCUCUGGUGAACAUUAUAUCAAUAAACGAAAGGUUGAUCCCAAACGAGUGAGCAAGAAGCCCCAGUAUGGCAAAAUUUUUGUGGGUGGCCUCACCCCCGAGAUUACGGAUGACGAUAUUAAAACGUACUUCGGACAGUAUGGCACGAUCGUCGAACUACAAACACCGUUCGAUAAAGUGAAGAACCAAAGGAAAGGUUUCUGUUUCAUUACGUUCGACUCGAAAGAAGUUGUAUAUAAAUUACUGAAAACUCCGAAACAAACGAUAAAUGGCAAGGAAGUGGACGUGAAGAAAGUAAGAGCUAAUCUGGUCACAAGAAAUCAAGGAUUUUGGGGGCCCGACUACGGGUAUGGUUAUAGUGGCGGUUAUGGCUACAUUCCUGAAUAUUGUAACGGUUAUCAAGGCGGAUAUGACGAUAUGUACGCAAAUUUUGACUACGAAAGUUACGACGACUACGGUAAUAUGGGAUACGGAGCCCAAGGUAAGCCACGAGGAAACGGUCAGGGACCACGUCAGUUUCAGAGACAUCAGCCCUACUAAUAACAGGGUAUAUGAAUCUUACAUACUCGAAACUUGGUGAUAAAGCAAGAACAUAGUAAGGAGUAGACCAAUGUUAUUUAGAUACAGUCCGAGACUGAGAUCAGGGCAUUUGGGACGAAAGAGCUUAUGAGAUCUUCGCAAGAUCUGUAUUCAAGCCCCAAAUAUCCUAAUCUUUAUACGUAUGUACAUUCGAAUGUACAGUUUCUAAAGGAAGGAACAAAUUUUUUCAUUGAUCUGUAGUCAGGAGUGAUUUGUUAAAUCGAAAAGAAUCGUAUCUUUCUUUUUGCGUGCGCACGUUUUCUCAUGUAUCACACGGAACGAUCUAUUAAUCAGACUACGAGAGAGAAUGUCCAAAUAUUUUUUACAAAUGUUGAAUUUUUCCUAUGAAGAAACACUCUAUCCUACAUAUACAUGAGGCAAAGUAUGAGGAGACAGUAACUAAUAGCGAGACCCUAUUGAAAAUUCAAAGUGAUUGAUUUACUCCUGGUUUCUUGUUAUUCAUGAUUCAUAAUACUAGCAUGUAUAUCUUUUAAUUUAAUACUCUAAUUAUUCUUUAGCAUAUUAAGUUGCAUUACUAAAGUAUUGUUUAUUAUAUGCUUGGUGUUACUCUUAUUAUUAAAGAUUAAAAAAAAAACAAAAAAGAUGAACGCGACGCUGUGUUGUCGUUAACGAUAGAACCAUUUACAUCAAUCAACAGAUUUUCAGUUUGGAAAGCACUUUGUCAGUUAGAAGUAAUAUCGAUAGAUAUAUAUAAAAAAAAGAAAAAGAAGGAAUUACCAUUCAUGGACCAAUGGUUCGUACUCCUAAUUAAACGUACUUCUUCCUCAUAAAUUUAUAACAUAAACGUAUUAUCUAUUAUCAUCUAAUUGUUUAUAUUUUAAAAGUAAGGCUUGUAACUUAUAUGAAUCAUAAGGUAUCAUGAUGAGAGAUAUACGCAUCUUCGUAUGUAAUAUGUAUAUGCGUGUACACAUACAUAAAUGAUGUAUAUGCGUAUGAAUUAGUACAUAAUAAAGAACAGUAGCGAUUAAGAAGAAAGAUAAAAAUAUUUCAAAAUAAAUAUAAUUAAAAUAUGAACGUCCUGGGUAGAUAUGCGAAGAGUACGCGAGUGGUAGAGGAUGGUUACAAAAUAUUUUAAGACAACAUUUGGAAGAGCAAUAAUUAUUAUUAUAGAUGGUAGCACGAGGUUUCUUUGAUAAUUUUAUUAUUUCACAUUUUUAGUAUCUUUUUUCUGUUUUCUUGAUAUUUUAAUUACCUGUUAAUUAAAGGAAAGAAAAAGCUUGCAAAAUUUAAUUGAGAUCAUCAAUGCUUUGAGAAUGUUGUUGUUACUUGCACUCGUGUACUCCUUUAUGUGGAAGACAUACAAAUAUGGCAAAUGAAAAUAAUUGUGUCUUGUUAACGCGAACAAAAAGAUUCGUAAACACUGAAUCAACAGAAUGUUUAAGGCAUUGUAACGAACCACGUGAAGAAAUGGCAAAUCAUUAUAUAAUUUAGUCUACUACGACAUUUCUUUCGCAUUUGCUUUUGAACAGCAGUUCCUGUCUGGUAUGCAAAGACUGCUCUUCGUAUCGCGAGAAAGACUGUUACUAUGUAGAGUAUCAUGCGAUAAUGAUACAUACUUAGGGAAUUUGACAGCCAAUAGAACUUGUGAUUUUCUCGACUAAAGAAAAAACAAAGAAGAAGGAAUGAAUAAGAAAAGAACGAUUAUAUAAAAAAAA